AUGAAGUACAUGCCAAAAGACCAUUGUCAAAUGCUUCCAUUCGCUGCUACUGUAUUGCGCUUCUGGUCCCAAACAGUAGUUCAGUUGGUGGGUCCAAAAAUACCAAUUCAGUCUUGGGAAGGUGAAAACACCACAUUGAAGGUCACCAACCAGAGAUUUGUGGGACAGAAGAGGGAAAGAGACGUCACCGGAGCGGAGAUCAGAAAACGCCACCGGCACAUAGAAACCGGACCGGGACUAGAAUCUCGGAAAAUGCCACUCUGCAGGUACCACAUUCGGAGCGUACACGCUCUGACGAAUCCGGAGCUGCACCGCGCCGCCGAUAGUGACGACUCCGAAGCGCUUCUCGAAGCCGUUGCAAUGGCCGGACUCGUCGGCUUUCUCCGCCAGCUUGGCGACCUCGCUCAGUCAGUUCACUUUCUAUCUCUAAUUUCUCUCUCCGUAAUCGCUUCCGUCGUGGCGCGGUUAAGCAAUUCUAGUUGCGCUCAAGGUUUCCUUGAUCGAGCUGAGUUUAAAAUGAAUGUUGCUGAAUUUGCUGCUGAGAUGUUCCAUGACUUACAUGAAGAGGUAUUGGCUACUGCGGCAAGAGGUCACAGUCUUAUAUCUCGUGUUCAACAGCUUGAGGCUGAAGUUCCAGCACUUGAUAAAGCUUUUUUGUCACAAACACAUCAUUCAUCAAUCUAUACAAAUGGAGGGAUUGAAUGGCAUCCUAAUCUUCGGUUUGAACAGAAUCUUGUUACUCGCGGAGACUUACCUCGAUUUAUAAUGGAUUCAUAUGAAGAAUGCCGUGGUCCUCCAAGAUUGUUCCUUCUGGACAAGUUUGAUGUGGCUGGGGCUGGGGCAUGUCUGAAGCGUUAUACCGAUCCAUCGUUCUUUACAGUGAAGUCUGCUUCCUCUGGAACAGCAUCAGCAGAAGUUCAAAGGGAAAAUAAAAUUCGUAAAAUUAAGCAAAAGAAAGGAACACGACUGAGGAAUGGUGAAACCCCUGAAGUUGUAUCAUCACAUGCAAAAUUGCAUGAGUUGUUACUCGAGGAGCGUAUUGAGAAUGCUUGUAGGGACCCUGCUCGACUAGUGAAGUUGAAAAAUAAACAAUUGAAUGGAUCUGCAGUUGAAGAAAAAUCUGGAAAAAGUUACAUGGAGAAAAUUCUGGAAAUCCCCUCACCUGAUCAUAAACUGGUUUGUGAAACGUCAAUCAUUCCACAGCCUGGGAAAUUGGCAUUAGAUGACACUGAAAGUGGGAUUAAAACUCUUGAAGUCAGUAGCAUAACUCCGUUGAAUAGGUCUUUGGGAAAUGAAAACAUGUGUUCAACACCAAAUGAGCCGGAACUAGAACUGAAUUCCUACACAGAAAUGGAUAGGGAAACAGAUCCACAUAUUGUGGAGGUGAAUGAACAAGUCUCUGGUGGUUUAACACAGGAAAUGUCUUCAACUUAUCUAAAGGUAAUUGAUGAAGCAGAAUUGGUGUUUGAUGAACAAAAUAAAAGAGAAUGUAGCUUAGAUAGCUACCACUCUUCUGAUGUGACUAGCGAGGUUGAUGAUUAUAUGGAUGCAUUAGCUACCAUGGAGUCUGAAUUGGAAACAGAUAAUGAGUAUGGACCUAUGAAAAACUUAUUAAAUAUUCAAAAUUUAACUGAUUUAAAUGGCAAAGGAGAAUCUCAAAUGCAAGCUCAGUUUUCAGAUUCUCAAUCAUUUGGAGACUCUUCAACUUCUGAAGAAAUUAGUUCAUUUGAGCAAGAUAGAAUUGGAGAGAAUAAUGAAGGACAAGGUCUGUCGUUAGAUUCUCCUUCAACAGGAACCUCCUGGGCAUCCGAUGAUAAUAGUUCAUUCAGAAGAGUUAGAAAUGCAGAGCAUUCAGAACUACAGGUACGGCUUUCAGAUUUUCCAACUAUGGGAAACUCCAAAUCGCAGAUUGAAAGUAUGCCAUCCAACAUGCUUCCCCCAACUUUUGAGUUGCAAAGGACUAAUUGUCGCGAGUUUGUCAUGCAUGGUGAUGCUCAUGUUCAGGGUGAAGUGAUUUCUGAUUCUAUACCAGUCUCUUCUGGUCUGAUAGAUUCUGAACAUUCAUUGGUGUCUUACGAUCUUGGAGCUGCCUACCUAGCGUCCCUACCUGCACAGAGUCACUCAGAUGAAACACCAUAUGACCCUGCUGAAGUUCAUUUAAGAAUAGAAGAUGAUGAAGAAAAGGAGUGCCUUGUUGAAUCUAUAGUCGCCAGACCCGAUGCUCUCUACCUAAUAAGAGAUGAUGCUUGCCCAGUGGUUUCUUGUGAUAACAAUCCUUUGAACAAUUUGAAUGUCUGUGAUCCUUAUGGCCAUUCUAAUGCUCUAUUACAAGUUUCUAAUGAAUUAAACUUAGCUCAUGAAGGUGAAUGUGGUGAUCCUUCUGAGAUUGAAGUUUUGCAGGAAGAAUCUCUCAAUGAAUACUCUUCUGAAAUGUUGGUUUGUGAAGAUGUUGAUAUUCAUGGGGACGAUCCGACUUGCCUAUCUGUGGAAGUAGACCUGAAUCCAGGUACUAAGCUAUUGCUUGAUGGCCGAGAUUUCAAAUAUGAGGAUGAUAUCAUAGCUACCAAGCUGAACUCAGAAGAUCUGUUUCCUGUUGCGGAGACUACACCAAAGUGUUGUUUUACAGAGGAGCUAUGCGCUGAUUUUACACACGGAAACAAACCAGAUUUUGCAGAAAUUGACGUUCUGCAUCCUGAUCAGCAAGGAAAUUUCAAAGAGGUGCCAAGGAUAUUGGGUGGUCACGAAACAAAUGGAUCAACCUGCAGUUUGGAUCUAGUUGAAGACGAUGGUCAUAUUGAACAUCCAUCUUCAGAUAUAAUAUCAUCUUCAAUGAGUAAUCUAACGAAGUUGGAAGAAUCUCUUUCUAUUUUUGCAGAUCCUCAUCAGAAAGAGACGAAAGUCAAUGAGGCAGAUAGUAGAGAAUUUUCGACAGAAUUAGCAGCCCAGAGGGUAGUGGAUCAAGUAGUUAUUGCUUCGACUGGAUUUCCGUCAAACAUGAAUAGAUCAGUUCCAUUUGAUCCUUCCGAUUCUGAAAUGUGGAAUAAUAAUCAGCAUUCAUCUCUUAGGGAGAAAAUUCAAUAUAGCUCUUCGAUCAAUGACCUGAAAACAUUGCCUGUUUGUUUGGAUCUAAACUCUCAAAGGUCAUCUGAUCAACGAAUUAGCCCAACAAAACAUGUCAUGGAUCCACCAAAACCACUUAUUUAUGACUUAUUACUUAAGGCAACUAAAAACAAUCUCGAGGAGAUGCCACCUAUGCCCCCGCUACCACCAAUGCAAUGGAGAACGGGCAAGAUUCAAAAUGGUUUCCUAGUUACAGAGAGAGAAGUAAGUCUAGCCUCACUCCUAUCAACACAGCCAAAUAAACCUGAUGACAAGUCUCAUUUUGGUUUAUCAACUUCUGAAAAAGAGAGCCAGUCAUAUCAGGAUCUAUUUUUACCUGCCAUGGCUAUGGAAAGCAAUAGGCAUCAACAUUGUUCUGGGGUUUCUGUGGGAAUUUCAGAUUAUCCUGUUGCUAUUCCUUUUCAAUUUCCUGUAAUGUUAAAUGAACCAAAUGGUCAAUAUAAUUUCCUGGUUCCAGAGCAAAGCCAGAUACAGAACCCUUUCUUAACAUUACAGGACAAGCCUCCACUUGGAUAUGUUGUUGCUUCGGAGGGAGAAAUGGCAUUCAAUUCUAGUUCAUACUCAUCAACACUGCCUGAUGUGUGUGCUAUUUCUGGGGCUGAUCCCAUUGCCAGCUUAGAAGUUAAAAUGGAUUUGGUGCUACCUGAAGAAUGUCCUGUUUCUGCAGAUGAUCCCGUUCCUCCAAAAGAGAAACUAACACAACCUUCAAGUCAGUUGAGGGAAGAGACUAGUUUAGAAGUUGAAAUUCCUAAGCAGUCUUCAAUUAAUCUGGAAGAGAGGAUACAAGAAGAUACUUCAAUCUCACCCAUGUCGCCUCCGAGUCCAGGAAUUGAGCAGACCAAUCACAAUCUGCCGCCUUCAGAGGGAAAAAUGGCGUUUCCCCAAGCAUCCGAGCGUGAUACUAAGAUGCUAGAUGGAAAACCAAAGAAUAAGCGUCCUCUCCCCCAAGAUCCUAUAAUUGAUCCUGUUGCUGCUCUAGACAAAAGCAGGCUGAGGAAGGUCACUGAACGGGUUAUGCCCCCCAGAGCACCAAAGGGUGAUGAAAGAGACUCACUGUUAGAAAUGAUAAGAACGAAGUCCUUCAACUUGAGGCCUGCUGCGGUUAACCGACAACCCAGCAUCCAGGGUCCGAAAACGAACUUGAGGGUUGCUGCCAUCCUGGAAAAAGCAAAUGCAAUUCGUCAGGCAUUGGCUGGAAGUGAUGAAGAUGACGAUGCAGAUAGUUGGAGUGAUUCAUGA